AUGGAUUUCGCGGCGCUUAUGUCCAAGGAGAUCUCCAAGGCCAAAGCUCCAGCCACAAACAAGACAAGCGACGCCAGCAAGGACAAAACGCCUUCUGUGGAACAACCAAAGAAAUACCUGCGUCGCGCAGAGCUGGAGGCCGCACGGAUCGCUGCAUAUAACGAAGAACAAGAGCGACUACAAAAAGAGCGCGAAGAGAAGCUCAACAACAAACGCAAACUUGAAGAGGAGGAAGCAGAGCGCAAGCUUGAACGAGAGGAGAAGAAGCGACGAAUUGCAGAGGAACACAAGAAGAAGAAAGAAGAGGAAGAGGAGAAGAAAGAACGAGAAAGACGGCGAAGACUCGGCCUGCCUGAGCUACCGCCGAAGGAUGAGCGCGGCGAAACACCUGCGAGCGAAGACGCCGAAGAAGAGAAUAUAGAUGAGGAAGAGCUGACGCAAAGAUUGCGUGCUCUCAAUGAGCCGGCGCGGCUGUUUGGUGAGAACCACCGCGCACGUCUGCGACGGUAUCGCCGUCUGACGAAGCGCGCCGCCAUGUUGAAGAAAUUAUCGGACGGGCCAAUUCCCACGCUGUUGGAACCGGUGCCGGGUGGUCAGAUGAUUAUUGGGUCGAAACCUCCCAAGGAGAAAGAAGCCCGGGAAUUCCUCUUCCGACAACUUGCGUCAUACUUCAAUAUGGUCUUGUCCGAAUGGGAGAUGGCGCUGGCGAAACGGGAUGUGACGGUUCGAGAGAGCUUCCAGGGCAAGCAAGCACACAACGCCAUGCUGCAAUCCCGAGAGAAUCUGAAGCCGCUCUUUCGCCGAUUCGAAAAGGGCGAUUUAGAAGAUGGACUUCUGGAACCCAUUGUGGAGAUUGUCCAUAAAGCCCAGCAACGAAGAUAUGUCGAUGCCAAUGACGCCUAUCUUCGAGUGAGUAUCGGCAAAGCUGCUUGGCCAAUCGGUGUGACCAUGGUUGGUAUCCACGAACGUUCAGCUCGAGAGAAGCUGCAUCAAAGCGACCAGCAAGCCCAUAUUCUCAGUGACGAGGCGACACGGAAAUAUCUGCAGAGCAUCAAGCGAUGCUUGAGUUUUGCGCAAACUCGCUGGCCUCCAGAGGAUCAACUGCAGGUAAUGGGAUGA